AUUGACCUUUCAGUUUUACGGAUCAUAGAGACUCGAUCUUCAGACUUCUAUUGAUCAAGGAAAACUUUCGUACAGUCAGACCCAUAUUGUAUUAUAUGUCUCUGGCACAGUCAAGUUCUGUAUCCCAAGUUCAUGGUCCAACGGCUUUAGUAAUCUGAAGAGACACAUAAUGAGAAACACGAAAACACAUACUGGAGAUAAAACUUAUAAAUGUAAAGAAUGCGGUAAAAAGUUUAGUCAAGUCAGUAAUGUAAAAAAGGGCAGCAAAAUAUAUUCAGGUUAUACACCUCAUGAAUGUAAUGUAUGUGAUGAAGUGUUCAGUAAGCGUGGUAAUUUACAGAAUCAUACGAGAACACAUACGGGAGAUAAGCCUCAUAACUGUGAUAUAUGUGGUAAAGGGUUUAGUCAGCGUGGUAAUUUACAGAAUCACACGAGAACACAUACUGGAGAUAAGCCUCAUAAGUGUGAAGUAUGUGGUAAAGUGUCCAGUAAGCGUGGUAAUUUACAGAAUCACACGAGAACACAUACUGGAGAUAAGCCUCAUAAGUGUGAAGUAUGUGGUAAAGUGUCCAGUAAGCGUGGUAAUUUACAGAAUCACACGAGAACACAUACUGGAGAUAAGCCUCAUAAGUGUGAAGUAUGUGGUAAAGUGUCCAGUAAGCGUGGUAAUUUACAGAAUCACACGAGAACACAUACUGGAGAUAAGCCUCAUAAGUGUGAAGUAUGUGGUAAAGGGUUUAGUCAGCGUGGUAGUUUAAAAAUUCACAUGAGAGUACAUACGGGAGAUAAACCUCAUACCUGUAAUGUAUGUGGUAAAGGGUUUAGCCAGCGUAGUAGUUUAAAGAGACACAUGAAUAUACACACAGGUGAUAAAAACCAUGAGUGCGAUGUAUGUGGUAAAGUUUUUAGUCAGCGUGGUAAUUUACAGCUUCACAUGGGAACACAUACGGGAGAUAAACCUCAUAGCUGUGAUAUAUGUGGUAAAGGUUUUGGUCUGCUUUAUCAAUUACAGAGACACAUGAGAAUACAUACAGGUGAGACACCUUUUGACUGUGAUAUUUGUGGAAAGGGGUUUAUUCAGCAUCAUAAUUUGAAGAUUCAUAUGAGAACACACACAGAGGAUACACCUCAUAGUUGUGAUGUAUGUGGUACAAGAUUUCGUCUGAUUGGACAAUUACAAAGACACACAAGAAUACAUGCAAGUUAUAAACACUAUGACUGUGGUGAAUGUGGUAAACGGUUUAGUCAGCGUGCAUAUUUAAAGAAACACACGAAAACACAUACAGAUGAAAAUGAUCAUGUCUGUAAUGUAUGUUGUAAACGGUUUAGUCAUCGUGUAUAUUUACAGAAACACAUGAAAACACAUACAGAUGAUAAACCGCAUGUCUGUAAUGUAUGCGGUAAACGGUUUAGUCAGCGUGCAUAUUUCAAGAAGCACAUGAAAACACAUACAGAUGAAAAUUAUCAUGUCUGUAAUGUAUGUUGUAAAAGGUUUAGUCAGCUUGCAUAUUUACAGAAACACAUGAAAACACAUACAGAUGAUAAACCGCAUGUCUGUAAUGUAUGCGGUAAACGGUUUAGUCAGCGUGCAUAUUUCAAGAAGCACAUGAAAACACAUACAGAUGAAAAUUAUCAUGUCUGUUAUGUAUGUUGUAAAAGGUUUAGUCAGCUUGCAUAUUUACAGAAACACAUGCAAACACAUACUGGUAAUAGACCGCAUGGCUGUAAUGUAUGUUACAAAAAGUUUAAACGUCAUAGUCAUUUUAAAAAACGUCACAUGAUGAUACAUACAGGUGAUAAACCCCAUGAGUGUAAUGCAUACAUGUGGUAA